AUGGACUACCUCAUUCCAGAUGCUGGGAUCAUACAGCGGUGCAGACAAGCUACACCAGAUGAUCUCCUCAGUCAUCCAGCCAGCGACAACAAGGUCCUCAGACUGAAUGAGUUCCUGGUUGUGAAGUCUGGGUUCUUGCCGAGUGAGGAUGAAGCUCGUAAUCAAAUGAAAGCAUUCGAGAUCUCGAUCCUGAAAUUGUACGCAUCCCGAGAGUGUACCGAUAUUUCAAAGACCCUAAGAGACAUGCACCCAACAUGGCUAUAUGGUCAUGGAUUACAUGAAAAGAGAAAGAAAGGAGGCUAUUACCAAUCCUGCUCAAAUACGUGA